AUGGAUACUUCACAUUGUCUUUGUCGUCAUGGCUUCAUUUUGCUUCUAGUUUUAUUUCAUUCCUCUGUGUUUGGUUUAGCUUCAAAGAUGGACAUUUCUGAUGAUGCAAACGGCAUCAAAAUCGACAGUAACCGGCAACGUUAUCUCUCUAAUUCCAAUCAACGUGGCAAGGAAUAUACCGUGUGUAUAAAUCAUCCCGAUCCCGGUCCGAUGACGCGUAUUUCUUGCGAUAAACCUAGAUAUGUUAUUACAAAAAUUGAUUUCGCUGAUUAUGGCAAUCCCACUGGUACAUGUGGAGAUUUUAGACACGGCAAUUGCAGCGCACAAGCUACCUUGAGACUCGUCAAAAAGAAUUGUCUUGGAAAAAACAAGUGUGUGCUUUUGGUUACGGACGAGAUGUUUGGUCCGAGCCACUGCAAGGGAGCUCCUACGCUCGCUGUUCAAACCACUUGUACAAAAGCUUAA